AUGAGAUUUUUUGCAAAAGAUAAACCCCUUGUGCAAAACCAAGCUAUCAUCAUCAUUGAUGAGGCCUCACGUCUGACCAGCAAUGAUAACGAACAGGUCAUUACCGAGUUUAUUGAUUCGCUGCGGACUCUCAAGGGUGAUCGUGAUAAUUUUCGCCUCUAUUCUCUUUUACUCUGUGGGACUGCAAGCAUUAGGGAUCUUCUGCUUGCUCGCCAACGACCUGGAUCUAUGUCAUCAAUUUCACCUUUUUCAGGAGAGGCAAGCUUGACAUGUAAUCGAUUUACUGAAGCUGAAGUCCACGAUCUUUUUACUCAAUUUGCUAAAUGUAAUAAUUCAGAGUUUGAUGCUGCCAAUAUUGCAGUGGAUAUUUUUUUAUCUCACCCUUGGCCAUCGAGGAACGAUGAAGAUGCAAAAUAUCUCCUUGCUGAAGGAAUGAUAUUUGUGAAACGGGAAUUGGAUAAUGGAUGUUGGGAAACCGAAAUUAGUGCACCUAUCCUCCGUAGCUUAAUAAUUUCACCCAUAGUUCUGCCUGAUAUAUCUAUAUCCAAGGUCCCGCUGAAUGCAACAACACUUGAUCCUCGAUGGCUGUUGGCACGCACAACAAGUAUGGUUUUUAAUGAAUGUUUAUUGUUACUGAUUAACACUGAGGCAUUUGAUCCCUAA